AUGUUUGACAAUUGUCACACCACAAUAUACAUAGGUGGUCAAGAAGAAAGAUUCGUAAGGUUGAAUGUUUUGGAUUCGAGUUUGUCAUAUCCAUCUAAUAUAAUGAAGAGGUGUGGAUUCAAUAUAGAAGGAGCACCCCCUUCUGGUCAUCCACGUACUACUGCAUCCAAAUCAAUUAAGUACGUGAGAAGAAGGUCUGAAGGACUUAUAAAUUUUGGCCAAACUUUAAAAACCGGAGUCUCACGUGCAGUGUUUUCAGAAGAUCUAAAAGUCUCUGAGAACAAAAUAAUCGAUCCUCAAGACAAAACACUUUUGUUAUGGAACAAGUUUCUGGUGUUAUCUUGCAUUCUUGCAGUAUAUGUGGAUCCUUUAUUUUUCUAUAUUCCCGUUUAUCAUAAUACGGAAAGUUGCUUAAAAAUACAUAGAAGUUUAGCACACUCCAUUACAACUGUGAGAACCAUAGUCGAUAUUUUCUACCUUGUACGCAUUGGUCUCCAGUUUCGUACAGCUUAUAUAGCACCAUCAUCAAGAGUGUUUGGACGUGGUGAACUUGUGAUAGAUCCUGCACAGAUUGCAAGAAGAUAUAUGCAACGUUAUUUCUUUGUUGACAUUCUCUCUGUGCUACCUUUACCACAGAUUGUGGUGUGGAGGUUUCUUCAGAAUGAUCAUGGUUCGGGUGUUUUGGGUACAAAAAAGAUUUUACUGUGGAUUGUGAUUGUGCAAUAUAUUCCUAGAUCUCUUCGUAUUCUACCAUUGUUUUCAGAGCUCAAAAAAACUGUGGGUGUCAUUACUGAAACAGCUUGGGCUGGUGCAGCUUACUAUUUGGUUUGGUUUGUUCUUGCUGGUCAUAUAUUUGGAGCUUUCUGGUAUCUGUUGGCUGUGGAACGUAAGAGUGCAUGUUGGGCGCAAGCAUGUCGUGAUGAGAGUAAAUGUGAGAUAGAAUAUCUUUACUGUGGGCAUGACGAGACAGAAGGAUACAAAGCUUGGCUGCAAGUUGCUAAAGCCACUCUUGAUGAACAUUGCGUUGAAAGUGAAUCCUAUGGAGAAUUUGAUUAUGGGAUUUACUUACAAGCUGUGCAAUCUCAAGUUGAUUCCUCUGAACAUUUUCCAUCUAAAUACUGCUACUGUUUGUGGUGGGGCUUAAGAAACUUAAGUACACUAGGUCAGGGGCUUGAAACCAGUACAUAUGCUAAAGAAAUUAUUUUCUCAAUCAUAAUCGCCAUUUCUGGGCUCAUACUCUUUGCUCUUCUCAUCGGCAACAUGCAGACGUAUCUUCAAUCGCUUUCGGUUCGUUUAGAGGAGAUGAGAAUCAAAAGGCGUGACUCUGAACAAUGGAUGCAUCACAGAUUGCUUCCUCAAGAGCUUAAAGAACGAGUGCGAAGAUACGAUCAGUACAAAUGGGUGGAAACAAGAGGAGUAGAUGAAGAAAGCUUAGUCCAAAGUCUACCAAAAGAUCUCAGAAGGGACAUCAAAAGACACCUCUGUUUAAAUCUAGUAAAAAGGGUUCCAUUGUUUGCAAAUUUUGACGAAAGAUUACUAGACGCCAUAUGCGAGAGACUUAAACCAAGUCUUUACACAGAAAGCACGUUUGUGUUAAGGGAAGGCGACCCGGUCGACGAAAUGUUGUUCAUAAUCCGGGGGCGUUUAGAAAGCGUCACGACAGACGGCGGGAGAAGCGGUUUUUUCAACCGGGGAUUUUUGAAAGAAGGGGAUUUUUGCGGGGAAGAGCUGUUGACGUGGGCGUUGGAUCCGAAAUCGGCGGGUAACCUACCGCCGUCAACACGAACGGUUAUGGCAUUAACGGAGGUGGAAGCGUUUGCGUUGAUCGCAGACGAGGUGAAGUUUAUAACGAGUCAGUUUAGGCGGCUUCAUAGUCGGCAAGUUCAGCAUACUUUCCGGUUUUAUUCACAGCAGUGGCGGACAUGGGCGGCGAGUUUUAUUCAGGCAGCGUGGAGGAGGUAUUCCAGAAGGAAGAUUAUGGAAUUGCAUCGGUUGGAGGAGGAAGAAUCAGAUGAGGAUUAUAUGGAUGAUUAUGAGGAGGAGGAAGAGGAGGAGGAGGAGGUUGAAGAGGAUGUUAAUGAAGAAACUGCGUUGAUUAGAGGGCGGGUGUCGUCGUCGUCGUUUGGUGCGACGAUGUAUGCGUCCAAGUUUGCGGCUAAUGCUAUGAAACGGGUUCAGAGGAAGCGGGGAGUGUCGACCGGGUUUAUUAGUCUUCAAAAGCCUUCCGAGCCGGAUUUUGGUGAUUUGUAG